UUUCUGUCCUGCUCCGGGCGCCCGGCUCCUUCCCCCACAGUGCCUCUGAGCAGGCAGCAGAGCCGCCAUGGCCCUCCGCACAGCUGCCAUUCGCCAGACCUGCUGCUGCUUCAAUGUCCGCGUGGCCACCACCGCCUUGGCCAUCUACCACGUGAUCAUGAGCAUCUUGCUGUUCAUCGAGCACUCCAUGGAGGUGGCUCACGGCAAGGCUGCCUGCAAGUUCUCAAAGACAGGCUACCUCCGGAUCGCUGACCUGAUCUCCAGCUUCCUGCUCAUCACCAUGCUUUUUGCUAUCAGCCUGAGCCUGCUGAUUGGGGUGGUUAAGAACCGGGAGAAGUACCUGCUGCCCUUCCUGUCCCUGCAAGUCAUGGACUUUCUCCUGUGUCUGCUCACCCUGCUGGGUUCCUACAUUGAGCUGCCUGCCUACCUCAGGUUCUCCUCCAGGAGCCGGCCCGGCCCUUCCAAGGUCCCGCUGAUGACCCUGCAGCUGUUGGACUUCUGCCUGAGCAUCAUGACCCUCUGCAGCUCCUACAUGGAAGUGCCCACCUAUCUCAACUUCAAGUCCAUGAACCACAUGAAUUAUCUCCCCAGCCAGGAGGGAUUGACUCAUAGUCAGUUUGUCAAAAUGAUGAUCAUCUUCUCGAUCGCCUUCAUCACGGUCCUCGUCCUAAAGGUCUACAUGUUCAAGUGUGUGUGGAGGUGCUACAGGCUCUUGAAGCUCACGAACUUGGCCGAGGAGAGGAACAGCUCCAAGGUGCUUCCGAAGGUGGUCCUGCCAUCCUAUGAGGAAGCCGUGUCUCUGCCGUUCAAAGCUCCGGAGGGGGGUCCAGCACCGCCCCCCUACUCGGAGGUGUGAUCGACAGGCCCCAGCCCCGGUGCUGGGAGGGGUGGAGCCGCCUCGUAAUCUGCUUCUUUGCUUUGGUGGCCCCCGAGGCUGGGUGGACCACCCGGCCGACUUCAGGACAAUCUGCUUGUGUCCCCCUCGCCGGCCUGCUCCUCCUGGGGGGCUGUGAGCUGCUCACAAUUGGGUCGACCCUAUUGGCUGAAUGACUCUCUGGGGCGCCAAAAAUCUCAGUCCAACAGCACUGGCCUUGUUCCCACCAGCAGCCCUGAUGUGUGCUCCAUCAAUGGGGCAUUCUAAAUCCUGUAUGUAGAUCAGUCAAGCCAACACCCACCUGGACCGUUCAGGAACAGACUUUGGUCAAAGACCCAUUGCCCAGUUUUGCAAUUCGUUGUCAGUUCACACAGGAUGAUUUAGGUGCCUAAUUGUAACUCGUCCCUCUAGUCUGUAUAUUUUAUGUAUAGGACGUGUAUGUGUGUGUCGACACAUACAUGGAUACAGGUAUAGUAAUUUCUUCAAAUAGCUUGCUUCAACAGUGAUCAACUCACCCAACCAUCAGUCUGUUUAAAGCAGUCUAACAGAUAAAAUGCUGUUAAAAAAAAAUCGAAUGAACCUCCAAACCAUUCAUUCCAGUCCAACAACCUGCCCUAUUCUGCUUAAUUCAGUGCUUAGGAGUCACUGAAUAAUGGACAAUUUCAAAUGAUAAUUCAUCCCCACGGCUGUGGAUCCACCAUACAAUGGCUCUGUGCUAGGAACUGAGAGUUGUCUCCUCAUAAAACUGUCAUUUCAGACACCAACUGCUUGGCUAAGCGGUUGUCACCAGUAACAACCAAAUGGUGGCCUGUGGAGUCACUCGGUGGGCAGUGGGCUCAGGAAAGCAGGUCCAUUCCAUCAUGAACAACUCCACUGGCCAGGCCUCGGACUGCCACCCACCCAGGCCCAGGCAUGUCGGUUCUGACCAAUAGCACAGUGGUUCAACUGGAAAUUGAGCCCGGAAAUCAAUCAAAUCUGUUUGUUGGAUGAAACCCAUCGUUCAGCUCAGUCAAGAUUGGCCAACCUCUUGUGGCCUCAGACCCAGCCACAGGGGCUUGUACUUGGCAGUGGGAUUAAGAGGGGCUGAGCGCCUGUAUCCCUGCUUCUGCCUGCUUCCUGAUGGGCCUGACGGAGCUGACCCCGGGGACAGGACCAUGGAGUCAGGCUCUCUGGUCCUUGGAGGUGUGCAGAGGGGGAGGGUCAUGCAGUGGGAUUCCUGCCAACACGCCCUGGGUACUUGCUUUGUGUGGGACAGGGAUGACGUUUCAAUAAAGCAGCAACAAGCUUCUC